UGAUUGGCUCGCUAGAGCCGCCCUGUGUUUGAAGGACAUGCAGUUUGUCGGCAAAUACAUUACGAGGACGUAUGCGACUUUAGGUUGGUUCUCUUCCCCCACUCUUUCUGUCUCAGGUCUGGAUGCUGCAGGCUGUGUCCAGGCUGAGUAGAGCAGCAGUGCGAGUGAGGAGAGUGGCCGCCCAGGUCCAGGUCACCACUGUAACCAUGGCUCAGAAUCACCAGAGCUGCGGUAUCUCCUGUCAACAGAAAGGGGGUGCUGUCACAGCAGCCAUCCUCAUCAUCGGGGACGAGAUACUCAAGGGUCACACGGUGGACACUAACAGCGCCUUCCUGUCACGAGCGCUGAGGAAGCUGGGAGUGUGUGUCCAGCGUGUCACUGUAAUCCCUGACCAGCAGGAGGUCAUCUCGAAGGAGGUGGCCCUCCUGGCCCCACAGUACACACACCUGCUCACCUCUGGGGGAAUAGGCCCCACCCACGAUGACGUCACCUUCGAGAGCGUUGCCAUGGCAUUCGAGGAGGAGCUGCAUGCCCACCCGGAGCUGACCCGUUUGGUGGAGGAGUUCUUUGGGGUGGUGGAUAGGGAGAGUGCAGCCAUGAAGCUUGCCAUGGUCCCCCGCUCGGCCAAGCUCAACUACGGCACUGACCCUCAGACUGGACAGCCACUACGCUACCCACUGGUGAGUGUGCGUAACGUCUACAUCUUCCCUGGGAUCCCGUCUCUGUUGGAGAGAGCCUUCAAUGGUCUGGAGCACCUGUUCGCUGGCUCAGGGACCACCUUCCACACACGAGAGGUGUUUGUGGAUGCAGACGAGGCGUUGAUCGCCCCGGUGCUGACCCGCCUGCAGGCGGGCUGGGGGAAGAGGGCGGCUCUGGGCUCCUACCCUGACUGGCUCAGUAACUACCACCGGGUCAGGUUGGUGCUGGAUUCAGACAGCUCUGAGGAGGUGGAGAAGGCCCGGGCUCAGCUGCUGGAGGAGAUGCCCAAAGGCAGUGUGGUUCCCCUGGUCACGGACCCUGUGUCCAUCGCUACUGAGGAGGUCUACACACUGGCCAACAGCGGCACACCGCUGGGUGAUAAAGUGACAAACGCUCUGAAGACCAUAGAGACUGCUCUGGAUCAGUAUUCGGCAGGGGAGAUCUGUGUGGGCUUCAAUGGAGGCAAAGACUGCACUGCUCUACUACAUCUAUAUUACGCUGCACUGAAACGGCGGUAUCCGGAGGGUAAGGACAAGGUAAAGGCUCUGUACAUUCGCAUCGUCUCUCCCUUCCCAGAGAUGGAGAGAUUCCUCCAGGACACAAUAAAGAGGUAUGACCUGGAGAUUUUCUCAGUGGAGGGCAGUAUUCGGCAGGCAUUGAGUGAUGUACAGGAGAGGAGGCCGGAGCUGAGAGCUGUGUGUAUGGGCACCAGGAGGACUGACCCCUACUCACACACACUCACACCCAUGUGUCUCACUGACCCUGGAUGGCCGGACUACAUGAGAGUCAACCCCCUGCUGGACUGGACGUAUCAUGAUAUCUGGUCAUUCCUGAGGACGCUAUAUGUGCCCUACUGUACUCUAUAUGAUAAAGGGUACACCUCAUUGGGUAGCAUGGACAACACCUGCCGAAACCCCGCCCUCCAAGUGGUGGAUGGGAGGGGCGUGAGCCGCUAUAGACCUGCCCACCUCUUGGAGAAUGAGGAAAUGGAGCGCGACUCACGUGAAUGAUGUCACUUCCUUGUUUGUAAUGUCCUGAUCUUUUAUCCGCCCCUCCUGAUUGGGGCUCCAGGUAAAAGAUGCUUGUAGGGACAGACCUAGAAUCAGCAUAUCCUCCUCAAAUCCCAACCUUAACCAUUAGACAAAACUGAACAUACGGGCAACUUCUGAAGAGAGGAGCAGGAAGGAAGAGGAGAGUGAAAGAAAGAGGGAACGGAUUGAGGAAAGUGGAACAGACAAAGAACCAGAGACUGAUCACAGAAUGAGUGCAUUUUGAAGGAAAAGUGUGUUUCUGAGUGGAAAACGUGUGUCAGAGUGCAUGUCUGAGUGGCUUAGAAUCUAAUGAUAUAGAUUUACAUGGUUUGUAAUAAAAUAUCAAUCUGUCACAA